AUGGCGUUUUAUCCCCUGCCAGUCGCCGGGCUGGUCCUGGGGUUUCUCGGCCUGGUCGGGACCCUGGCCACCACGCUCCUGCCCCAGUGGAGGGUGUCGGCGUUCGUGGGCAGCAACAUCAUCGUCUUCGAGAGGGUCUGGGAAGGGCUGUGGAUGAACUGUGUGCGGCAGGCCAAGACCGCCCUGCAGUGCAAGUUCUACAGCUCCCUGCUGGCCCUGCCCCCCGCGCUGGAGGCCGCCCGGGCCCUCACGUGCCUGGCCGUGGCUCUCGCCCUGGCCGCCCUGCUGGUGGGCAUCUGUGGCAUGAGGCAGGUCCAGUGUGUGGGCUCCCAGGGCAGGGCCAAGGCGCACCUGCUGGGGACGUCCGGGGCCCUCUUCCUGCUGACCGGCGUCUGCGUGCUCGUCCCGGUGUCCUGGACGGCCAACAUCAUCAUCAGGGACUUCCACAACCCCGCCAUCCACGUGGGGCAGAAGCGGGAGCUGGGGGCCGCUCUGUUCCUGGGCUGGGCCAGCGCCGCCGUCCUCCUCGUCGGAGGGGGGCUGCUCUGCGGGUUCUGCUGCUGCGACAGGAAGAAGCCGCGGCCCCGUCCCCCAGCCCCCAGACACCGUGCGCCCCCCGGGGGCACGCGAGGGGAGGUGGUGAUGCCGAGGAAGGCCUCCGCCAGCUACGUCUGA